AUGCCCCUCGAUACUCCCAGAAAGCCCUCUGCUAUUGAAAUUCCGCGCGCUUCCAUGGAGUCGCCCCCGGGAAUUGCGGCUUUGUUCGUCAUCCGCUUCGACAUCAGGACCGGAUAUGUGAUCUCUUGGAAGCGGACUGCUCCGGGUGUGGAGGUCGAGGGAGUCGUGGAAUAUAAGUCGUUACCAUCAGGAUUGCACAAUGUUCGCGAGGACUUGAUUUAUUUCGUUCACGAAGAAUAUGCCGGGAUCAGCGCCUUCCUGAACCAGCCCGCCGAGGAGGCCGAGCGCAAUGCGAAGAUGUUUGCGGUGGGGGUGUUGGUUCCGCGCAGUUCAGGUCGAUUGGGGAAGAGCUGGAGGCAUGCACCUCGAUUGAGGGAGUUGGCGCAGAAAUACUCGUCAGAUAUGACAGAUGAAUCUUUGCUCUCGGAAUACUGGGAGGCUUUCAGAAUCGGGGGCUCUGACGCUGCUGUGAUGGAGUCGCCUAUCGAGUCACCCAUCAAUCAGCGCGUUCGCUCAGGUGACAGGCCAACUGUGCGCCAAAGCCGCGCUUUCAGUGAUGCAAUGGUGUUAGAGAAUGCUCGACCGGCAUUGACUCCGUUUCAUCCAGCUUCGUCGCUUCCGAGUUUCAUCGAGACCUUAGGACCCCUUGUAUUCCCUCUUCACAGGGCCGCGCUCUUGCGUAAGCGCAUUUUGGUGAUGACUGAAGCACCGGUGCAGACUCCUUGCAACUAUGUGUAUGACCUUUCGCUUCUGGCCUCUCUGCCAAACUCCCUUCUGCAGGUGCUUCCGGCGGACAAUCUUCUGCCGUUGCGACCCCGCCCAUUGUUUAACGUGGGCAUUCAUGAUAUCCCAAAUUUGGCCUCAUACGACACCUCGCGGAGUACACUCAACUCGGAAAAGGAUCCGAGUUGGAUUGCCUGUUCGACUGAUAGCGUUUUGAGUAUGAAGCCAGACCUGUACGAUGUCCUCGUGACCAUGCCUCCCGCCCAUUCCCAGCAAGCCAACGAGCCCGCAUUUCCGAAAAUCACUCUAGCCGAUCACUCUGGUACAAAACACAGUACAUACCAAGGCGCCAGCCUCAAAGCGACGCAACGCGACGCGCGUCGCUACGCCAUGCUCCGCAGAGGUUUACGCAAAUUCUCUCAGGAUCUCUCUGGCUCGAUGGACUCGAUCGAGAGCGAUGCCGAUUCAACCUAUUCGUCGAGCGCCGUGGUUGAGCCGCUCUCUUGGACCCGACUCGCCUACACUUCUUUUAUCUGGUGGGCCUCUGCCGGUGAAGCUCGCGACGGGCUCUCGGAGGACGAAGAGGAGCAUCAGAUAGAACAAGACGCAAGGCUCCUGGCCAGUGUGGAAAGCAUUGCUUAUCCCGACGCCAACUUCCAUCGCCAAUCGAUGUCGCCCGAGGAUCAGAGUCAGGAUGCCCCCGAAGUUGCGCUGGUCGCCUACUUCCGCCGACUCACCUCUCAGAUCUUCUUCACUCUGGCGGGGGCAAUCGCCCGCCACGAUAGCGGCGGUCAGGGUCGCGACGAGACGGAUGACCCGGAGAUCGACACACCGUAUCUUGACGAUAUGACAGCUGACGGCGGAGAGACCUCACGUUCCGUGUCGCGAGUGUCGACCGGUGGCGACGACGGUAGCACCCCGCUGCUUCGGCAAAGAUCACAUGGAAAUCAUACCGAGAGCAGAUCAAGUCAUGAGUUUGACAAUUCCGAUGAUCCCAUCACCAUCACCAUUGCAGAUAUGGCAGAUAUGGGCCUUGACGUCUGGAGCGCCACUGAUCGUAUUUUCGUUCAAGAGCUGGUCUCUCUAUGGUGGGGUCGAUCUGCUCACGUUGAUAGUGCGCGGAUCCGAUGCUGUGGAAUUUCCAUACUGUAG